AUGUCGCCAGACUGCGAUUGCGAUGAUGGAAAAAGAUGCGAUGCUCAGGCCAUGGCCGGCGCUGCGCCAUCCUUGUGUACUACGCUCGAAACCAGACCGCAAAUGCCUCGCAAUCCUUUCUUACCGGUUGGGGACCUCAAGCCGCCGGAGCUGAUCACCCUUUGCAAUGAUCUUCGAGCCGAUGCAGAUGACUUGAGUCAAGAUGACCCUACGAAACCUGCAAUAUUGCUAGCGAAACGAUUGGUGGACCAGUUGGACACUAUCUACACCGCAAGGCUCCAUCGGCCGGCUCUCCGGUUACAACUGCGCUUCGCCUUCGUGAAGCUUCGAGAUAUCCUUCUACCCGCCGUCACAGAGACGUUUCUCAAUUGUGACAAGGUCGAGCGCCUUUUCGCUCACGCAUUGCGGAGAUAUAUGGCAUACUGCAGUUACCUUGAGGACGUGUAUGUUCAUGUGUGUUGCUCGGUGUUGACAGCACUCGUUUCUUUCAAGACAAGACUUUCUGAGGCAUUUUCACAACACCUGAGUGACCGCCCGGGCGAGCUGUUUGACGCCGUGGCUUGGUUUCAGGCGGACAUGGUUGGUAAACGACUAGAUGAUCUCUACCACAUCUACAUGCAAAACUGUGAGUUUAGUGUUUGUGCAGCUCGCCGACACUUGGAAACGGAAUUUCCACUCCUUCGUGAAAUUGCAACUCAAAAAGAACUCGCAGUUCAACCAUAA